UCGCGCUGCGUAAGCAUGCGGCGAAGCUGUGACGCUGGCGUCUCGACUCUGGCGGUGAUUCGGCAAGCCGGCGCCUUGCUGCUCGCCGUUCUGGUUCUUCUUCAGUGCCAGUGCGGUGAUGCUUGGCCAUACCGGCAUCAGCGUAAGCGCGCGGGUCCAGGCGCGACGAGGAAUGAAGAAGAGUUGCCUCUGUACCUGACGCCGUACGUGGUACAGGGCAGGGUACGCGAUGCCCGCGAGCGCAGCCGCGUGGGCGCCAUCGGGGGCUCGCCGGACAUCGAGAGCUACGCGGGAUUUCUGACAGUGCGAGAGCGACAGCUCAACCACCUGUUCUUCUGGUUCUUCCCGGCCAUUAAGAAGCACCCGGGCGGACCGGCUCCGCUGGUGCUGUGGCUUCAGGGCGGACCAGGCGUGCCGUCAGUGAUGGGGGCGCUUGUGGAGCAUGGUCCCCUGCGCGCCAUCGCCGACGGCACGACGGCCUUCAGGGCGCACACGUGGGCACAGGAGGCGUCGGUCGUGUACGUGGACCAGCCCGUGGGCACGGGCUUCAGUCACUCGCACGACGGUGUCGACGACGGCUGGUACUGCGCCAACGCCUCCGACGCUGCCGCUGACCUCUACGAGUUCAUGGGCCAGUUCUGCGUCAUCUUUGCCGAGUGCCACCGCGCCGACUUUUUCAUUGCCGCCGAGAGUUACGCAGCCAAGUUCGCUUUGACACUGGCGACCAUGAUGAACAUGAUGCGGGACGAAGACUCUCUUCCGCGGCUCAAGGGCCUCGUCCUGGCCAGCCCGUUUGUGGACCCGGAGAACCAGCUGGACAACAGCGAGCUGCUGCACCAGACAGGGUUCCUGACCGACGCCCAAGCUGCGCUCCUCUGGGAGCAGUACAAUCGGGUGGUUCGCCUCAUCCGCCGCGGUAACUACACGACUGCCAAAGACCUCCUGGAGGUCAUCAUAGACGGCAACCCGACCGUGUCGACGACGCUGUUCGGCAACCUGACGGGCCUGCGGCAGGCGUACGACCUGGACCUCACGUACCCUCCGGCCAUCUUCUCCGGUUACGAGCAGUUCGUGGAACGGGCUGAGGUGCGUCGCGCCCUGCACGUUGGCCGCCAGCUGGUGUUCGUGGCCGACGGCGACGCCGUCACGCACGGCAUGUACGCCGACAUCCUGGUCUCGUACAAGCAUCAGCUGGCAGAUCUGCUCGACCAGGACCUCAAGGUGCUAGUGUACUGUGGCCAAAAGGACCUGCUCACUCCCUUGAGCUCCGUGGAGCGUUUCAUGAAGACGGUGAACUGGAAGGGCCAGCGGAUGUACGCCACCACGCCGAGGCUUCCCUGGCGACUGGGCACGGACCAAGUGCUGGGUUACUACCGUCAUGUGCACAACUACACUGAGGUGCUGGUAAGGGGAGCCGGCCACGUGACAGCGUUCGACAAGCCCAAGGAAGUGUUGGCUCUCGUCACCAGGUUCAUCUAUGGAGCACCGAUCGACGAUGCACGAUGAGUC